AUGCCUCCAAGGAAGAAAGCCAUAAGCAACAACAUGACCUCUCAAGACGGGCCAAGCCAUGGUGACUCGGAAUCAAGGCAACAUGCCUCCUCAAGAGAAGAAGAAUGUGCUAGUGAGGGAGCUUUCACUCUCACAGACCUUGUUGCAGCCAUCCAUGCUAUGGGAGAGACUCAGAAGGAAAUGGCAGAAACAAUCAAGGAGCUGAAAAGUUCAAUUGCUAUGCCAAGUGAAGAAAACGAGAGACACACCAAGCAUUAA